CUAGUUGCUCGCCGCCUUUGGAACUUAGAUUUCCUUCUCCAUCUUACUUGUCAGUUGUCAUUUCAUGCAGAACACUUUCCCUUCUUGAAGAACAUUUCAAUCUUUCCCUCAAAUUUCUCAGCUUUUUAUCAUUAUCCCCCAAUUCAUAUUCCAUCUUAAUUCCCUACUUCCGAUUUCACCAUUUUUACCAGAUUUUCGGAAAGCCAUGCCAGUUACUUCAUUAAGUUCAAAACUUCCAUCAAUCUACACCUACGAUACCAAUUUCAAUCGACAAUGGAGUCUCAAUUCUACAAAUCUUGAUUUUAAGGUUUUUUGUUGUCUUAAAACCAGAGCUACUUUUAGAUUCUUUAAUUGUAGGCGAAAGAAUGUUAAGGUUGUUGUUAAAUCAUCCAAGUCGGAAUCAACUGUAACGAUUCCUGAUGAAACUGGGGUUUUAGAAGAUAGUUCUCCGGUACUCGAUAAUGGAGGUUCUAAUAAUGGUAACGGGGAUUUUCCACCUGAAAAUAAUGGCGGAAAUGGUGGAGAUGGUGAAGGAGAAGGAGAAGGAGAAGGAGAAGGAGAAGAUGAGGAAGAGGAGGAGUUUGGAGCUGUGAUGAAAUUUGAGGAUGUUAUCAGAGAGGCUAAGAAACAUGGCGCGACACUUCCUUCGGAUUUUCUUGAAGCUGCUAAAGCUUCUGGGAUUAGAGAAUUGAUUUUGAUGCGUUAUUUAGAGUUGCAGGGAGCAGCUGGGCCAUUAGGAUUUUUAAUGAGACAUUGUGCAAUGCUCCGUAAUCGAAUGUUGGCUGAUCCUGCAUUCUUAUUUAAAAUUGGAACUGAGAUUGUAAUUGAUUCCUGUUGUGCUACAUUCGCGGAAGUUCAGAAAAGAGGAAAGGAUUUUUGGACAGAAUUUGAACUUUAUCUUGCUGAUCUUCUUGUUGGUGUGGUUGUUAAUGUGGCCUUAGUUGGCAUGUUAGCACCGUAUGUUCGGAUUGGGAAACGAUCUGCAUCUGCUGGUUUUCUGGGAGGCUUCAGCCGUGCUUGUCGUGACCUUCCCAGUAGCGUCUUUGAAGCUGAAAGGCCUGGAUCUAGAUUUUCAGUGAAGCAGCGAAUGGCAUCAUAUCUUUACACGGGAGUACUGCAAGGGGGAGUUGGAUUUGGAUGUGGAAUUUUGGGUCAAGGCAUUGUAAAUCUGAUUAUGACUGCCAAAAGGAGCAUAAGGAAGUCGGAUGAGGAUAUACCAGUCCCACCUCUAAUAAAAAGUGCUGUACUCUGGGGUGCAUUCCUCGCCAUUUCCUCCAAUACCCGUUAUCAAAUAAUAAAUGGACUUGAACGAGUGGUUGAGGCAUCCCCAUUGGCCAAGAAUAUACCACCUGUUGCGAUGGCUUUCACUGUCGGUGUACGGUUUGCCAACAAUGUUUAUGGUGGUAUGCAGUUUGUUGAUUGGGCUAGAUGGAGCGGUGUGCAAUAGAAUCUCUCUCGUCUAGUACAAUCCGUCGACCAUACCUCUUGCCCAGGAGAAAUCUUUUCCCCUGGCCAAACAACCUAAUUGAAAACCCAGGCAUCAAUUCCUCUUCACAUGUAAGCUAAUCUUUGGUAAAAAAAAUACUCUUGUUGCGAUUACAUUGUAGCACGAGGGCUUGUAAUGCCCCCUGGCCAAACUUCCAAUGCUCGGCCUGGGUCUAAGAUGUAUGUUCUUUUUUAUUUAUCACCGAAUCCUCUGCCUGUUAGAACUUGCAUUGUCCCUUAGAAACAGCGCUAUCUUCAAUGAUUCCCCCCUUAGCUUUCAUGUAUUGGGCUACCUAUAUAUGCAUCCAUCCAGUUUCUGGGAGCAAUUUCCGAUUUGGCAUUACGGACCCUAGUUUGAUGUAGACCUUAGACUUGUAGUAUAGAUGAUAUCUGCUCAAGUGAAUAACUUAGCUAUGAAUAUGGAAGAAUUAGUUCUUGAAAGCUUGCAGUAGUAGUCCUUGUUUUAUUUUGUUCCUAAGACAGUUUCAGCAUGGUGCAAAACUGCAAACUCUAAAAGAUGCUCGAGUCGACAUUGGUGCUCAACUCGAUUGACUGCAUGCAGAAUGUUUCAUUUGUUUUAUUUUUGGGCGUAGUUUUUUGAUGAUUGUAAA